CUUCAUUUGUUUAUGUGGUUACCUGGGUCAGGCGAUAUGUACCAGGAUAGUGAAAUUGGUAGUCUAGGAAGAGUUGUAAAGGGUUCAUGGUCAGAUGAAGAAGACGACUUACUUCGCAAGUGCAUUCAGAGAUAUGGAGAGGGCAAUUGGAAACGCGUCCCUGAAAGGGCAGGUUUGAAUAGGUGUCGAAAAAGUUGCAGAUGGAGAUGGUUGAACUAUCUAAAACCUAAUAUUAAACGAGGGCAGUUCAACAAAGAUGAGGUUAAGCUCAUCAUUCAGCAACAUAAGCUUCUCGGAAACAGAUGGUCUUUGAUAGCAUCUAGACUUCCAGGACGAACGAUAAAUGACGUGAAAAAUUACUGCAAUACUCACCUCUACAAGAAGCACAGCAUCGAGAACGACAAUGGCGCACCAACUACAAACACUAUGACUCAUAAUAAUACCUCUUCAUGUGUGAAGAGGCCAGAAUCAGCAACCAUAAAAGAGCCAAAAUGGUGGGAAAAUAUUUUGGUAGAAUUACAAAGGGAUGAAAAAGAAGGCAAGUCUCAGAAUUGUAGUGGACCUGAUUUUGAGCUCGAUAAUUUGGGGCAGGAGGAUCCCAAUAAUAAUGAUGGAAUGGACCAAUGGCUUAAUUCGCUGAGUGAAAUGCCAAAUUUGUCUUACCAGUGGGAGGAAAACCUUUUGGAAUUUGAUGUCAUGAAUUUGUGGGCGUAA